AUGUUUGGCCAGGUGGAGUGUGCUUCCCAAACCCCUGUGGAGGAGCUGACUGUUGGGUGCAGGGCUCCUCCAUGUGAUGAGGCCAUCGUAAGCUGUAACCCUAAUCCGUGUAACCUGGGAUCAUGUUUGCGUAGUCUUGACACCGGAGCUAUUGAAUGUUCCUGUCCCCCUGGAUAUGUGGGUAACCUGUGUCAGAUAUUCGACCCAUGUGAGGUUAAUUGUAAUGAUAGAGGGAUCUGCGUGGCUGAUGGGUCAGGCUAUGUGUGUGACUGUGAGGUGGGGUUCAGAGGGACAAACUGUGAGAACACCACUUGUGGGGAAGGGACAUGUCAGAACGGUGGGAUCUGUCACCUGGGAGGCUGUCUCUGUAAGCUGGGCUAUACAGGUGACAUAUGUUUAACUGAAAGUUUCAUCUUAUCAAAUGGGAGUUUCUCAGGACGAAGUUAUGCAGCUUUUGCAAGAAAUAGUAUUAUACAAAGUGACCUGUUGGAGAGUAUUAGGCUUGUGGUGAUCCCAGAUACACAUGCAGAUGGUCUGUUAUUUUGGCUUGGGCAGGACAGUGAAAAUUUGGCAAUGGGUGUCAUAAAUAGACGCGUUUCUCUCAGGGCAAACUUGGGAGGAGGAGGGUUGGUUCUCCAGGCUCUGGCUUUUGAGGUCACCAGAGGUCAGUCUUACACCAUCCUGGUGACGAGACAAGGCCGGAACUUAACGUUGACGAUGGCCUCAGAGGGGAUCCAAAACACUUAUCAGGCUAUGCUACCAGGGACAGACGAUCAGCUGAAUGUGCCUGGAAACAGCUCACUUUAUUUAGGUGGUGUCCCUGACAACAUGUUUGCAGUAACAGGUGGACUGUACCAGUCUGGGUUUGUGGGCUGUAUCAGCUCUGUCUCCAUGGGAGGGAGACUAGUCACAAACAUACAGGCCUCUGCUAAAGAUGGGUUGGGCAUUCUGACAUGCCCAAGCAGUCUCACGUGAAAUGGUGAAAUUUGUAUCCCAGGUCAAAUUAUUUUAUGGAGAGCUUUGAGGUUGGAUUUAUUCUUGUCCUAUGAGAUGAACAGUGAUAUGUUAGUUGAACAUGGAAUGAAAACUUUUAGUCAUCAUGUACUGCAUGAAAGAAAAACUUCAUGACAUGUAUACAGAUUUCAUUUUAGGAAUUAAGUUUGCUUUUGGAGAGAUUUUAUAUAACUAUGCGUGCAAUUUUAUUAUUGUUUUGCUUUGUAUUAUAUAUUUAUUUAUUUAUUUAUCUUUCUGGAAAGAAGUAAGUUGGUGCCAAGUGCUGUUUGUUACCCAAAAAAUUUAAUUACAGAUUUGAGAUUUGUAUGGUUUAAAUAUUUGUUUGUUUUUUUUCAGUUGAAUCAAAGGGUUUUAUUAAAAACAGAUUUUGUAAAAUGGUUUCCUUAUAUGCAAAAUGUUAUCAAAUUAGUGUAAAUAAUAUGAAGUAAGUAUACAAAAUUUAAUUUUAAAUAUUUGGAGCAUUUUUUUAUUAUCCACGAUGUUUGACAUAUAGAUUUUAUAAUGUCAUUCUUCAGAUAUAAUGUCUUUAUUCGUUCCUGUUUACAGUUUCUAAAUAGCCAAUUAGCUUUGAUGAGUUUUCUUGCGUAUUCCUAUAUUGGAUGGUAUCAUUCAAGGCUAAUUACUGCACACAUUUUCAUUGUUUGCCUUCACUGUUAAAAUUCAGAGGCAGCUAUUAUCCUUUUGUCCCAUUCUCAUCAUCAUAUCCCAAGUGUUUGUGUACAAAAAUAUAAGGACUCGUGUACAUAUUAUCUUGAGUAACAACUACACCAAAGGUAAAUAAUGUUCAUCAUUGUGUUGCAAAGUUCACCCCCUUUUAUUGAGGAUUAUCCAGUUUCCUUCUCUCCAGCUCUUGUCCACAAUUUAACUUGGUCAGCAUGACCAACAUUUUACCUACUUUGGUAGCUCAUUUUUGUUUUCUUCUCAGCAGGUCUCCACUUUCAUGUGUAACAUUUAAAUGCUUUGUGAUUAUUGGAGAAGAAAACAUAAAAAUAGAUAGAUAGAAAAUAGUCUUUAAUGGCUUUUUUUUCUUUCAGGAGAAAAGGGUAUUUUAAAAUAUUUUUGUAUGUUGGGUAUUUGGGACCACCACUUGAUAUACUCUAUUUAAAUCGUCUUUGCCUAAGAAUGUUCUAAAUAAGAAUCAGAUGCAGAUCUAAUAAAUUUAUUUGAAGGUAAAUUUUGUUGUUUAUAUCUAAACACAUGCAUUUAAUCUGAAAUAUGAUAAAAUCUGUGAAUAUAUUAAAAACAUAAAUAUGAACAAAUUCCACGUUGAACACAACUGAUAGCUGAUGAGCCCAAAUUCUAUUUAUUAAAUGUGUCACUUCCUCAUUUUUAACAUUAUUACGGAAGGACUACAUGUAUUUAUACCAAGAUUUGGUCCCAUAGACAUACAAUACAAAUAUUAUUUUCAGGUGUGUUUUUCUCUUUUAAAGAAAAAAAAAAAGAAACCACAUUUACAACUAACUGUUUAUUCUGAACUUUGUAAUUGUUAUGAUUUCUCCAUAUUCUAGGUUUCAUGUUUUCAUAUUUAUAUGACCAAAGAUUAUUUUUGUGUAAAUUUUCUAGGAUUGAUGAUGUGAUUUGCAGAUGUAUUAACAAUGCUAAGAAGAGUUAUUAAUAAUUGUUGAA